AUGGAGAAGUUCAAGGCUGCCAUGCUGCUGGGGGCGGUGGGGGACGCUCUCGGGCACAGAAACGCCCGCAAGGACAGCAGCGCUUCCGGAAGGAAGGUCCAGGAGGAGCCGCGGGCGAGCAGGGGCCAGGACCAGCUGGUGCCGUCCCAGGAGAGGUGGCCGGUGAGUGACAACACCAUCAUGCACCUGACGACGGCCGCGGCCCUGACCACAGACUACUGGUGCCUGGAUGACCUUUACCGAGAGAUGGUGAGGCGCUACGUGGAAGUCCUUGAGAAGCUUCCAGAACAUUGGGCUGACCCAGCUACCCUGGAAGGCUGCUCACAGCUGAAGCCGGAUAACUAUCUCCUCGCCUGGCACACGCCUUUCAACGAGAAGGGCUCAGGGUUUGGAGCUGCCACCAAAGCCAUGUGCAUUGGCAUGCGGUACUGGAAGCCGGAGCGCCUGGAGACCCUUGUGGAAGUGAGCAUCGAGUGCGGCAGGAUGACGCACAACCACCCCACAGGCUUCCUAGGGUCCCUGUGCACGGCUCUGUUUGCGUCUUAUGCCGCGCAAGGAAAGCCACUGGAGCAGUGGGGCAGAGACAUGAUGCAGACGGUCCCGCUGGCAGAGGAGUAUUGUAAGAAGACCAUCCGGCACCUGGCAGAAUACCAGGAGCACUGGUUUUACUUUGAGGCAAAAUGGCAGUUUUACUUGGAGGAGAGAAAAAUCAGCGAAGAUACGGGAAGUAAAGCCACCUUCCCUGACCGCUACGACGCGGAGGAGAGAGAAAAGGCUUACCGGAAAUGGAGCUCUGAAGGCCGAGGGGGCCGGCGGGGCCAUGAUGCCCCCAUGAUUGCCUACGACGCUCUCUUAGGAGCUGGGGACAACUGGACAGAGCUCUGCCAGCGGGCCAUGUGUCAUGGAGGCGAGAGCGGGGCCACAGGGACUAUCGCGGGCUGCCUGUUCGGGCUGCUGCACGGCCUGGACGCGGUUCCCACGGGCCUGUACCAGGACCUGGAGCACAAGGAGGAGCUGGCACGCCUGGGCGAAGCCCUUUACCGCCUGUCCACUCAGGAGAAGUAAAGCUCUCCCACCACGUCCCUUCAGGGAGCCACGUCCAGCUCUGGGCACCCCGGGGUCCACGUGCUGGCCACGGCCCUCCUGAGCGUGCGACACGCCUGAUCGGCCAUAAUCACACUCUUAACUCUUUCCUCCUGAUUUCAGAGCCCUAACUGCCGAAUGAAAUACCCUGUUUGUCCUUCGAGAAUGUUUGUCCUUCCCUAACCCAGACCCAGAGCCUCUUGCGGGGUCUGCUACCCACAAGCCUCCACACACAGUGGCACAAACAGUCUCCGGGACAAUCAGCGUGCUUCACUCUGUGCAAAACUAACGCUGCUCGCUCACUCAUGCCCACACAACUAACCACAACAGCUGUGCUCGGACGCGUGACCCGGCCACCGCCUCGAGGGCAGAGCCGCCGGCACCGGGCCUUGUGAAGCAUCGAGAGAGAGCACGGCACUUCGCCGCAUGGCCAACGGUUUUUAAUCACACUAGAUC